CGUUCCAGUGAGUCGACCGUAUCGCACAUACGAACUUUUUGCUGCAGCCGUCGACUAAAAAUAAAUAGUAAAUAAAUCGGCAAAAUGUUCUGUGCCCUAUCAACGUUCUUCACUUUCGUUGGCGUCUACGCCCUGUUGUCUUAUCUGUACGAGCAGCUAAGAACGCCGUACAAGUUGCUCAAAGCCAGGUAUUUCAGCGAUACUAGGCCCACCAUCAAGGAGCGUUUCGGAGAUUGGGCCGCUGUCACGGGGGCCAGCGAUGGAAUUGGCAAGGAAUACGCCAAGGAGCUGGCCCGCCAGAACAUCAAUGUGGUCCUGAUCGCCAGAAACGAGGAGAAACUCCAGGCGGUUGCCAAGGAAAUCGCGGAAAGCGGUGCUGGUGUUCAAACUAAGAUUGUGAUAGCGGAUUUUACCAAGGGCUCGCAGGUCUAUGAGCACAUAGAAAAGGAAACGGCCAAUAUACCCAUUUCUAUACUUGUAAACAACGUUGGAGUCGGCAAGCCGGCAUCAUUGCUGAAAUGGAAUCAGGAAAACACCCAAGAAAUCAUCGACACCAACGUGGUAGCCGUUUCCCAUCUGUCUCGCAUCUUCUUCCAGCGCAUGAAGUCGUCCAAGAUCAGGGGAGCCAUUGUCAAUGUAAGUUCCGGUACGGAACUGCAGCCCCUUCCCUAUGCCGCCUAUUACGCCGCCUCGAAGGCGUACACCCGUAGUUUGACCCUUGCUUUGUGCCAGGAGGCGAAGCCGUAUGGCAUCCAUGUGCAACUGCUGUCCCCGAACUUUGUGGUCACCAAGAUCAAUUCGUACUCCAAACAGAUCAUGAAGGGCGGUCUCUUGAUCCCAUCGGCUUCGGCCUAUGCCAAGAGUGCGGUUAAUCAGCUGCGCGACGAAGUGGACGAGACUUCUGGUUACCUGUGGCACCAAGUCCAAAAUGCUGUGGGCUCCGUCUUCACCUGGCGAGUGCGAACCUACGUCGCCUGUAAAUUGUUCACAAAAAUAUCCAACAAAAAAUAAUUCAAGGAGCAUUUUAAAGCUUUACAAAUGUAGACCACCAAAAAAAUAUAUACAUAUAAUAUUAAAAGUCCUUUGAUGUCAGUAAUAUGCUUAGAAAGAGUGAGUCUAUGAUCCAGAGUUAUUCCA